GCGGGACUGCCCGGCGGAACCGGAAAUCUGUCAGAGGCGGAAGUGCGGCCUUACGGGCCAAGAUGGCGGCGCCCAGAGGUGACUGAGAGGACGGCUCCUUGUGGAAGCAGUGCCUGAAGGAGUCUUACCUGGGAGGUUUGCAGUGCCAGGAUGCUGUCCCGACCAAAGCCUGGAGAGUCCGAAGCGGACCUGCUGCGCUUCCAGAGUCAGUUUCUUGCUACUGGUGCCUCCCCAGCGGUGCAGCUGAAGAAAGGAAGCAGGAAAGGCAGUACUGCUAACGCAGAUCGACCUCCUCGGCAGGACCAUCGCGAUGUGGUAAUGCUGGACGAUCUUCCAGAUUUGCCCCCAGCUUUGGUUCCUGCUCCAGCAAAGCGAGCCAGGCCCAGCCCUGACCAACCCUUGCCUGCAGAUGAGGACGCUGAGGAGAGAUUGAGCAGACAUGACCAGCAUAUCACUGCAGUCUUGACCAAGAUUAUUGAACGAGACACAAGGUCAGUGACUGUGACACUUCCUGUACCCAGUGGUGUAGCUUUCCCUGCUGUGUUCCAUCGCUCACAAGACAGACAGGAGAAGCCAGCAGCAUCUGGUAAGAGGAGCCUCUUUGCCCAAGAGAUUGCAGCCAGGAGGGAGUCUGAAAGAAGGGCAACAUCAAUUGCAGGAGCCGUGGCCCACCCAGGACCACCAGAGGGUACUGUGAGCUGUGAGGCACCUGCUCCUAGGGAUCAGGUCACUCGACAUCUGGAGAACAGCCACACUUUCCAGAGGCCCCGUCUGGUCACAGGAAAGGGGCUCAGUGGCCAGGAGGCUGAGCAAGAAGUCCAGACCAUCCAUGAAGAGAAUAUAGCCCGCCUGCAGGCCAUGGCUCCAGAGGAGAUCCUGCAGGAGCAGCAGCAGUUGUUGGCCCAGCUUGACUCCAGCAUGAUUGCCUUCUUGCGAUCUCAUAGUCACACCCAGGAGCAAGCAGGAGAAAAGGCAACUGAGGAGCAGAGGCCAGGAAGAUCUUCGGUUCCUGUGACCCAGGAGGAGCCCCUCGUGUCAGUAUCUGCCAGUGACAGGCAGGACAGUGAGCCGGAGCCAGGAGCCCCAGCUCUGAAACUGUCACUGAACCCCCACAAAGAAUGGCUACACAUGGACACUGUUGAGCUGGAGAAGCUCCAAUGGACACAGGAUCUGCCCCCGCUCCGGCGGCAGCGGACGCAGGAGAAAAUGCAGGCCCGAUUCAGUCUUCAGGGAGAGCUCCUGCCCCCAGAUGUGGACCUACCCACCCACCUCGGCCUCCACCACCAUGGAGAAGAGGCAGAGAGAGCAGGCUAUUCCUUACAGGAGCUGUUCCUCCUGACCCGAAGCCAGGUGUCUCAGCAGCGAGUGUUAGCACUGCAUGUGUUGUCCCAGGUCAUUAGUAGGGCCCAGGCUGGCGAGUUUGGGGACAACCUCGAAGGCAGUGUCUUACGCCUCCUUUUGGAUGCUGGUUUCCUCUUCUUGCUGCGCUUCUCUCUGGACGACAGAGUAGAUGGGGUCAUCGCAGCUGCCAUCCGGGCUCUUCGGGUUCUGCUGGUGGCACCUGGAGAUGAGGAGCUCCUGGACAGCACCUUCUCUUGGUUCCAUGGAGCUUUGGUCUUUCCUCUGGUGCCUAGCCAGGAGGACAAGGAAGGUGAGGAUGAGGAUGAAGAGCCUCCAGCAGACAAAGCAAAGAGCCCUGAGGAAGGAAGCCGCCCUCCCCCUGAGCUGGCACGACAUGAUGUCAUCAAGGGGCUCCUGGCUACCAAUCUGCUGCCUCGGCUACGCUAUGUACUAGAGGUGACCCGCCCAGCGCCCACAGUGGUUCUUGACAUCCUGGCUGUGCUCAUCCGCCUGGCCCGGCAUUCCCUGGAGUUAGCCACAAGGGUACUGGAGUGUCCACGGCUCAUGGAAACCAUUGUUCAGGAGUUCUUGCCUAUCACCUGGUCCCCUGUGAGGGUGGGACCUACCCCCAGUCUGUACAAAGUACCCUGUGCUGCUGCCAUGAAGCUCCUUCGAGUCCUGGCCUCGGCCGGUAGGAAUAUUGCUGCCCGGCUGUUGAGCAAUUUUGAUAUUCGAAGCCGCCUGUGUCGCUUCAUAGCCGAGGCUCCCCAAGAACUGUCCUUGCCUCCUGAGGAAGCGGAGGCACUGAGCACGGAGGCCCUGCGUCUGUGGGCCGUGGCUGCCUCCUAUGGUCAGGCCGGUGACCUUUACAGGGAGUUGUACCCAGUGCUCAUGAGCACCUUGCAGGCUGUGCCCACAGAGCUUAGCACCCACCCACCACGGCCCCUGUCCAUGCAGCGAGUAGCUGCACUGCUCACUCUCUUCACCCAGCUGACCCUGGCAGCUAGCAACAGUCCUGCUGAGCCCCACAGUGACACUGCUGAGGCCCCAUUGGCCACCCCUUCCUUUGUCACGUGGACACAAAUAUCUGGACUCCAGCCACUAAUGGAGCCAUGUUUGAGGCAGACUUUGAAACUGCUGCCCAGACCUGAGGUGUGGCAUGCUCUGGGCCCCGUGCCUGCUGCCUGUCUGCUGUUCCUGGACGCCUACUACCAGGCCUGGAGCCAGCAGCUAAGCUUGUGCCCUGAGGAUUGGCUUCAGGACAUGGAGCGCCUGUUGGAGGAGGUGCUGGAACCACUGCUGUGCCAGCCUUCUCUGUGCAGCUUGUGGGAUUCACUUAGGCUCUGCUCCCCUCUCUGCAACCCACUAUCCUGUGCGCCAGCCCCUGAAGCUCUCCCCAGCCUUGUGUCACUGGGCUGUGCCGGAGGCUGCCCCCCACUCAGCCUGGCUGGCUCAGCCUCACCCUUCCCGUUCCUCACUGCCCUCCUCUGUCUCUUCAACACCCUUGUUCGGAUCCACAAGGGUCUUUGUGGCCAGCUGGCUGCUGUACUGGUUGUCCCAGGACUUGAGAAGUAUUUCCUCCAGUGUGUGGCUCCUGGUACUGCCCCGCUUCUCACACCCUUCUCCACAUGGGCCCUGCGCCACGAGUACCACCUGCAAUACCUGGCACUCUCUCUGGCCCAGAAAGUGGCAGCAUGCCAGGCAGCGCCAGCCGCCAGUGCUGCCCUCCAUCAUGCUGUGGCCUUGGCCCUGCUGAGCCGCCUGCUGCCAGGAAGUGAGCACCUCGCUGAGGAGCUGCUGCAGAGCUGUGUGUUCCGGUUGGAGUUCCUCCCAGAAAGCACAUCAGGAGGUCCAGAAGCAGCUGACUUCUCCGAUCAGCUGUCUUUGGGGAACAGCGAGCACCCUGCAUGUGGGCGAGGGUCUCUCCUACUUCAGGCCUGCCAGGACCUCCCCAGCAUCCGGAGCUGCUACCUCACCCACUGCUCACCAGCCCGGGCCAGCCUGCUGGCCUCCCAGGCGUUGUACCGAGGGGACCUACAGCAAAUCCCAGCCCUGCUGCUGCCUGUGCCUAAGGAGCCACUGCUGCCUACUGAUUGGCCCUUCCAGCCACUGAUUCAUCUCUACCACCAGGCUUCCGAUGCUCCUUUGGGACUGUCUCCCACCAAUACCAUGGGGACAGCCAUGCGUGUCCUGCAAUGGGUGCUUGUUCUAGAGAGCUGGCGCCCUAAAGCCCUCUUGGCUGUGCCUCCUGCUGCCCGCCUAGCACGGCUCAUGUGUGUGUUCCUGGUGGACAGUGAGCUGUUCCGAGAGACCCCAAUACAGCGUCUGGUGGAAGCUCUCCUGGCCCAGCUCUGUCUGCCCCGAGUCCUGCCAAGCCUCAACCUGGAUUGCCCACUUCCAGGCCUCACAUCUUUCCCUGACCUCUAUGCCAGCUUCCUGGAGCAUUUUGAGGCUGUCUCUUUUGGGGACCACCUCUUUGGGGCUCUGGUCCUGCUUCCCCUGCAGCGUCGGUUCUGUGUCACCCUGCGCCUUGCCCUCUUUGGAGAGCAUGUGGGAGCCUUGCGAGCUCUGGGCCUGCCUCUAACCAAGUUGCCUGUGCCCCUGGAGUGCUACACAAGGCCUCCUGAAGACAACCUGGCCCUACUUCAGCUCUACUUCCGGGUGCUGGUCACUGGUGUGCUCCGUCCACGUUGGUGCCCUGUGCUCUACGCUGUGGCUGUGGCUCAUGUCAAUAGCUUCAUCUUCUCCCAGGAUCCAAAGAGCUCGGAUGAGGUGAAGACUACCCGAAGGAGCAUGCUACAGAAAACAUGGCUGCUGGCAGAUGAGGGUCUCCGGCAGCAUCUCCUCCACUAUAAGCUUCCCAGUUCCAGCCUCCCAGAGGGCUUUGAGCUGUAUUCCCAGCUGCCCGCACUGCGGCAGCAGUACCUCCAGACACUGGCCUCGGGGGUGCUCCAGGAUGGAGUAUCAGAGACCUAGAGUUGUGGAUGGAGAGGUGGAUUCAUUCCCUCAGUCAUGCCAGAGGAUAUCAUAUCCUAGGGGAAGGCAAGCACAAAGCAGCAAAAGACUUUCCUGGUUAAGAGUGCACUGUUUGAGCUUCGAUGGAGCAGAAUGAGCCUUUCCUUUCCAUCUUGAUACUUGGAGCUCAGGAUUCUCACCCAUCCCCAGCCCUACCCUGGGCCAGGAGGUUUGAAUGCCAUGCUGUACACUGAAAGAAAUUCUUUUUUAGCCUCCCA